AUGGUUAUUGUGGAGCGAUUGGGGACAGGUUCGUAUGGAACAGUCUACAAAUUCUUCAAUGAAGCCAAACAGAAUUUCUUUGCCGCUAAAAUGUUCCAAGUUCGUGACUUUGAAGGAUUCGUAGCUGAGUAUACCAAAUUGCGUCUUCUGAACUCUUAUGCGAAGAAAGCCAAAAAGACCAACAUCGUUCAUUUGCUGGACUAUUUCGUUCUCAAUUUGCAUUGCUUCAUGAGCAUGGAAUAUCUUCCGUUCUCAUACACGAUUGUUAGGAAGAACUGGAACCUCCUCGAUGUUUUUAUCAUCCGACGCUUGUUGUUCCAGCUCAUCGAUGGCAUUGUGUUCUACUCGUCUUAUCCGUUCUUCUUGGUUCACGCCGAUUUAAAAUCGAGGAAUGUGAUGCUUAGAGGAACUUGCUUCGAGAAUUUUCAAGUGGUGAUAGUCGAUUUUGGUAUGGCGAACAUGGCGCACACGUUCACCCAUCAUCACAUUCAAACGCUUGGAUACCGUGCUCCGGAAGUGGCAUUUCGUUUCCCAUUCUACACCAACAUCGAUAUGUUCAGUUUCGGUAUUAUGGCACUGGAGACAUAUUGCGGAGGUAACAUCUUUGCGGCAAAGAACGAGACCGAAAGCAUUGCUUUUAUGGAGCAUGUUUUGGGUCCAUUCACAUUCUUCCGUGAACGCUGUCCUGAUAAAUUAUUCUUGAGAAAGUUAAAUAAUAGUGCUAUGCGUAUUCCGCCAAGUUUGACAUUGAAAGAGAUUUUUCAAAUUUAUGUGCCAGAGGAAGAAGAAAAAAGAGAAGCUGAAGUUCAACUUUAUGAUUUGAUCGCCAAAUCAUUGGAGGUGGAUCCAAUGGCUCGUCUCACACCCAAGGAUGCUUACAACCAUCCAUUCUUUGCACCAUUGAGAAACAGCAAAACAGCUCUUUGUUGUGCUCGCCAAGACGACGUUGCCGAUAAUGAGAGCUACGGAACGAGCAACUCUGAGAUUUUAGACUGGCUGAAAGAUCCGAGACCCGGCAAAAGAUUACAGUAUUUGGAGCAAGUGGUCGAGCGAAAGGAAAACACUUGUGCUUUUUUUAUGUCGGUGUGCACCCGUCACUUCCUCGAGGGUACAGUGUUUGAAUUACGAGGCGAGAAGAUGAUUCUUGUGGAAACCCUCGGAAGGGGCGGAUUCGGCACAGUGUAUAAGUUCUUCAAUGAAACCACCGACACUUUCUUUGCGGCCAAGAUGUUCAAGUCUUCAGAGUUUAACGAAUUUGCAGCUGAAUACUCGAAACUGAAGGUUCUUAAUAAUUUCGCGCAGAAAGAAAAUAGAGAAAAUAUUGUAAAAGUGUUCCAUUGUUUCGAAAAUCAGCGGCACUGCUUUAUUACAAUGGAAUUCCUCCCACAAGAGUACUCUAUUUUGAGACAAAAAUGGAAUGAGCUGGAUAUCUACACGAUUCGCCGUUUACUGUUCCAGUUGAUAGACGGUAUCUUAUUCUACUCGGCGAGUCCUUUUCACUUGGUCCAUGCGGACUUGAAACCCGAAAAUCUCAUGCUCAGAGGCAGCGAUUUGCAGAAUUUUCAAGUUGUCAUCGUCGACUUCGGGUUAGCGGAUCGACCUCACGUGUUCGGCGACAAAUUUGUGCAGACAAUGGGAUAUCGCGCACCAGAAGUGGUUUUCCGUAUGUCUUAUGGCAAACCAAUUGAUAUGUUCAGCUUUGGCAUUAUUGCAUUGGAAACUUAUUGUGGCGGUAAUAUUUUUGGAGCCACGUCGAACGCCAAUUCGAUCACUUUUAUGGAAUAUGUUCUUGGCCCAUUUUACGAAUGCCGUAAGCGAACCCGGGAUAGGACACUUCUGGCAUCUCUUCAAGAAAAUGCCGGCAAAAUUCCGCCCAGCUUCUCCCUGAAAGAGAUUUUUGGCAUCUAUGUGCCAGAAGAUGAGCAAAAAAGAGAAUGCGAAAUUCAAUUAUUGAAUCUUAUUGAGCAAGCGUUGGAAGCGGUGCCAAGCCGUCGUCUUACAGCCAAGAACGCGUACAAACACCCUUUCUUUUUGCCGCUCAGAGACCAAUGA